CUCGGCCGCUUUACUUUCGGUUUGUCAAGAAGCCAAGAAAAAUGCAUCCAGUGGUAUUGAAAUGUAACAUCGGAAGCUAUACUUACUUUGAGGGCGAGUGAAAGCUUUCCAUAUGCUUGAAAUGAACAUGAAGAGUACUUUGAACAAUGGCAGGCAUUGAUGAAACUCGAGAAGAAUUUUGUUCAGUGUUGAAAAACUUUCUGAAGAGUUUUCCUGAAGGAUAUCCAAAAAAUGAAUUAUGGAAUGACAUUUCACGUGGACAACGCCAGUUCACGAAGAAAAAAUUGGGUGUGGCAAAGCUUAGUGAUGCCCUUCAAUUUUGUCCUUUCCUAGAAGAGGUAUCAGUUAAUCAAAAACUCUGUGUUCGAUUGAAAGUAACAAAAAAGGAAAAGAAAGGGGGGAAAAGAUUACCAAGUCAGGGUACACAGCCUGCUGCUGAAGACAAGCGGAAGGAAAUGUCUUCGAAAAAUCUAGGAUCAGCAUCAAUUGGUGGUCACCCGGCUCCGCCAAGUGCAGGGCUGUUAGCUGGUGAGUUACUGGGACCAGCCUUGUGGCAAGCUCCUCAGAGGCCUCAACACCCCGCUCAGCAAGUCACAGGACCUCCAAGAACACAUGAUAGUGCCCAUCUAGGAGCCCAUCCCACUCCACUUAUGGCAGUGCCCGUUCGCCUUAUGUCCACACCUGGAAUGGAUGCCCAUUCUGGACUCCUGGGAGAUUGGCCAACCCUGCAACAAGGAGCAAUGGAAUCCCCAGCCGCAGCAAAGCAACGCGUGCAACAACAGGAAUUUGCAGCAGAUCCAGGAAUGACCCAUAGACAUCGACAAGCCUUGAUCUUUCACAACUCUAAUUCAUCCAGGGAGGCUAGCCAAGGUAAUGUGAUGGGUCAUCAAGGUCAAGGUCGCCCAUCACCAAGGUCUCAUGUGUCCUCACCUUCCCCAUCCCCUCCUAUACAUGUACCUUCUUAUCAAGUGACCAAUCCACAACCACGUGUGCAAGGUCGGCUGAGUAAGGAACAGGUCGACAGCUAUGCUCAGAUUUGCAUUGACCAGUUGUCUGAAGCUGGAGAGUAUGUCUGCACAGAGCGCAUUGAAGCGCUGCUGCUGCAACGUUUGCAGAGAAAGACGAUUAGAGAUCUCCAGUUGCAGCAGGUGCGAUCAGUUGACCAUUUACCGUCUGUGAGAGAACAUCAGAGAACAGCGUGUAAAGUGAAUGCCUGUAUUCAGGCCUUUAUCCAGGUGCGUUCUAUCUGUACUUUACACGAGAUAGAACAGAGCCUCCUUGACUAUGCACCUGUCAAGCAGAACUUUGAAUCGUUUAAGCUGGGUCCACUACAAAAGUUGCCCAUAAUAUAUGAUUUGUUCAAAUUCCCACCGGAGGUUGUCACAAUUCCCAAAAUCACAACUAUGGAUAUUCUGCAACACAUUCGUGAGUUCCUCACCAAAGAAAACAAAUGGACAGAAAAACUGGAGAUGGAGCCCACCAUGAACUACCUUGUGGAACGAUAUGGAGUCCCUGAUGCCUAUCAUUUAGGUGUCAGAAUUCGCAGUUUGCCAUUGGCUGUUCAGAUGUUAAAGAAAGCACAAAGAGAUGCUGGUAGUUCCCGUAAGGCUGUCCUUGAUAACUUGAAAGAGGAUUUGCAGAGAGAUCUUGAAGGUGCCGUUCAGAGAUUCCGGGCAUCUGUUUUGCAAUCUGUCACUUUGCCGAAUGGAGAAAGUAGCAUGGAAAUCCGAAAACAUUACCUAGAGACUGCACCCGAGCUUGUUAUCGUGGAGAUUUUUAGCAAGUUUCAGUUACUGAUGUCACUAGAAGUACCGGAAAACAACCGAGCGAGGAAAAGACACACAAAGGUUUUGAGUGCUGUGGCUGAUUUCUUGACAACGAUUCGUGAUGAUGAGAUUGCCUCAAAGCUUUUUCAUUUGUCAGUUUGUGUUGGGGUAAUAGAGCUGCAGGAAAUGGUAAAGGAUUCCUUUAUGACAGAGACAGGAAGUGCUGAUGCCGUGGGUGAUACAUCAGCUCCGCAGCAAAUAAAGAGACCGCCACCUGUUGCCAAAAUUGUUGAGAAACUGCAGUCUUAUUUAGACCGUUGUCUUACGCAUGGAACAGUGACACUACAAGAUCUGCAGAAGAUUGAAGAGAACUUGUUACGAGAUUUUGAAUUUCCUUCAUUCCAUUCCAUGGGUCUGUUCAGUUUUCUGGGAUUUCUUCUCAACUACAGAGAAGCCAAGAUGCUGCUAGAGCAGAACUGUGGCGUCACUCUGGGGUCAUCUGGAGCACACAGUAACAUCAGCUUCUACCAGCCCAGGUACACAGACGUUUUACAGGUGGUGCGUCAGGCAGAGGGGUGUGGUCUCACAGAGCUGCCACAAAUAGAGGAAGCAGUGUGCAGUCAGUUCUGUGUGAAAGACGUGCGUAUCUUGGGAUACGGUAUGCUAGACCGCUUGAAGAAGGCUGCGAGUAAGUCUGGCAAACACCACAUGCGAGAGAACCUGGUGGUUUACGAGUCAACGCUGUGUACAAACAGCAGGCAGUUCACAGGAAGUGGUCAGACUCAUGUAGGUUUGCUAGGUCAUCAGACGAAGGAAUCGGCCCGUCUCUGCCUGAACAACUGCCCGUUGAUGGAGGACAUGGAGGCCUGGAGCAACUGGUCCUUAGUGUUUGAACCCGAGCUGGGGACUCUCAAGGAGUUCGUACAGAAAUAUGGUGGCCUCAAGCAAUUCCAGCUGGAAGGUGAAAACAAAAUGGCAAUCACUGAUUUUGUUGCCAUGGAAACAAGACCAGGUCAGCUGAUUAAACUUAUAUCCCAGACAUCGGUUAAAGAGUUUGAAAAGGCCGUUCAAAGCGGGGAUCCACGAGAGAGCUGUGGCCAUCUUGUGUCGCAGAUUGUUGCCAAUAAAGGUGUAGCUAAAACCUCUGUAGCCCUGUUGGCAAAUCAUGUGAAAUCAGCACUCUACGCCAUGAAUGCCAGUUCUGUGGAUACUGAAACUCCAGGUGGUCCUCCACAGAGGACAGGUGUUACAAACAGAGCCAUAGAGUUUGUCCUUCGUUGUCUGAAUACCCUGCCCAUCAGGAUCUGUUGUUCUGUGGCAAAUCAGAUUUUCCUGACCCCUCUUGGUGAAGUGCUAGGGUCACGCCACUCCAAGAUUCAGUUACUGAAGGCUGCUGAGGAGAACACAGACUAUAUGUCUCAUUUGCUGAAGCUGGGUUGUUUCUUGGGGAUAAGAGAGUGGACAGAACAGUUUCACACCAAACUCCGCCUUCCAGCUCAGGCUGUCACCUUGGCAACAGAGUUCAACAAGGAGGAUCAAGUGGAAGAGCUUGCAGGAGAAAUGGAGAUGGAGGAAGACCUUGAGCAAAGUGACCUUGAGGAUAGCUCUGAUGAGUCUUCCUCGUCUGAGUCAGACCCUGAAGAAGCUGACAAGGAAGAGCCCAGCAGUACCACAAAUAUUGGGGAGACAGAUGUUUCAGAGGAACGGGCAAAAUCCACUUCUGUGGAAGAAGAGGACGAAUCAGGGGAGACAACUGACGCCUCAUCAUCAUCAGACAUCACAUACUCUGAAACUUCUGAUACUGAUAAGUGUAAAGAGUUGAUCAACCAGAUUCGAAAGGAAGAGUUUGGUAUUGGGGUAGAGCUGAGUGAAGAUGGACAAAAACUGAUGAAAGUACAGCAAGAGAGGCUUGGCCGCAGUUUAGAUCGCCUUUCCAAGGAUCUCUAUAGCAAGGAUACCCAUUUCGUUCUGGAGCUGGUACAAAAUGCGGAUGACAAUGAGUAUCCAGUGGAUACAGAUCAAAGCAAAGACUUUUGCCCUGCUGUCGAGUUUGUUGUAGAUGCCACAAAAGUUGUUGUUAGCAACAAUGAAUCCGGAUUUGAGGAACGUAACAUUCGUGCAAUCUGUGAUGUGGGACGAAGCACAAAGGGCAAGCACAAGUUUGGCUAUAUUGGCCAAAAGGGAAUAGGAUUUAAAUCUGUUUUCCGAGUGACAGAUUGUCCAGAAGUUCACUCAAAUGGAUUCCACAUAAAGUUUGAUGUCAACAGUGGACCAACUGGCUAUAUUCUUCCUCAUUGGAUGGAAGAAUCUCCCGAAAUGGAUAAGUGGAUGACUCAGAUUAUACUCCCAUUCAAGAAGGAAGCCCAAACUCGAACAUUGGCAGCCAGGUUCAAUGACAUCCAUCCAUCCCUCUUGCUUUUUCUCCAUCGACUUCGUCAGCUGUCUGUGAUUAACAAGGUUGAGAAUCGCAUUGUGUCAAUGAAAAGACGAGAUCUUGAUAAUAAUGUAGUGGAAAUAGAGCAUAACGAAACCACAGACCUGUGGCUGGUGGUCAGAAAAGCAUUGGAUGCAUCCCAGAUUUCCUUACAGGCUAAGUCAGGUGUGGAAGUGGAAUCAACAGAAAUAGCGCUGGCCUUUCCACUGAAACCACCUGGCCAGACAUCACUGUCACAGAUGUUACCCCCCAAGCAGGAAGUCUUUGCCUUCCUCCCUUUGCACAGCUAUGGCUUCAGGUUCAUUAUACAAGGUGACUUUGAUGUGCCAUCAUCACGUGAAGACGUGGACAAAGACAGUGCCUGGAAUCAGUGGUUGAGGACCGAGAUCCCCACUCUGUUCAUUGAAGCAUACGAGGCAUUCAAAGCACACAAAGACUUUACGCUGAUGGAAGCGAUUUGCAGCUACCUGCAGAUGGUUCCCACCGAGGACGAGAUUCUGGGCUUCUUCCAACCUGUGGCUACCCACAUCUUACAGAAACUCCGGGGCAAGAACUGCAUACCGACCCACCCUAACUCUAAAGGUGAAGUGUACAUGAAGAAGCCAUCUCAGGUGAUAACGACACGAGACUCUCUUGUGAAGGAGGUAGUAAACCCUGAUAUGCUUCAUAAGCAUUUGAACCUCUUCUAUCUCCAUGGUGAUCUGGCAGCCAUGUUGAAUCCCAGCCUGACACUGACUUUGGGAAUUGAAACAGUCACAACACAACAUUUGUUACAUGUGGGAAAAGCGAUCGCCCUUGGUUUGCAAUCUGGAGGAGAUGCAGAUUACCAGACAAACGUAGUAUUGAUGGCUCGGUGGAUGGCGUGUGUCUACAGAAGUAUGGAGGAGCUCCAGGAUGCAGAGGUGUUCUCAUCUCUAAAAGCCAUGAACAUAAUACCUCUGAGUGAAGGGAAAUUUGUCUCCCUGGAUUCCACCACAGUGUUUUUUCCUGUGGCAGAGACAACAACAUCAGCAAAGAAACAAAAAUCCUCUGAUCCGUUCAUGGCCCUGCAGACUGACCUGUUUGCUGUCCACCCUGACUUCAUUAACACACCUGAUAAUGUGGUCAACUCCCAGGUGAAACGGCUACUCCAGGAACUAGGGGUCAAAGAUCUGUCACCUGUAGAGGUCAUAGGUCAUCACAUCAUGCCAGUUCUUAAGUCACCGGCUUGGGAGCAAAAGUCUAAAGAUUUGCUGAUCUGUUACGUCGUAUACAUCAAGCAAGAAAUGGAGAAAAAUCCAAACAUUGUGAACUGGAAUGAGCUAAGAGAUGCAGUGAAGAUUGUGACAAGCCAUGGCAUCAAAAACCCAUUUGCUGAUGCCAUCCAUUUUCCUCCGCAGUACGGAAAUAAGAUUUCCCUGAGGGAUGCCCUGCCAGGCUAUGACUGGGUGUUCCUGGACCCUGUCUACCUUAAUUUUGCGCACGGAGCCUCAGACUUGCAGAGCUGGCGUGAAUUUUUCACAAAACUAGGAGUGGUGGAUUUCCUGUCCGUUAAGCCACGCAAGAUACACCUCACUGCAGAGAAUAUUGGUUCCAGCCCAUGGUCUCCUCUCAAGGAAACAUGGCCUCCCUUGCCUGAUGGAUAUGUAGUCAGUGAUUACUGCUGUGAAGAGUUCCAUAAGCUGCUAAUGGAAAAUGUGCAACCAGAGAGCAUUGUUUCUCAGAUGAAAGCCUUGGCAACAUUGCUGGAUCAAGAAUGGGACAGAUAUUACUCUCAGUACCAAAUUGCAUCCGUCUCCAACACAUCUGGUGAGAGGCUUUUUGACACAGAGUCCUCGUUCAGCAUCCAUCUGCAUGCCACGUCUUGGUUUCCUUGUCUCCUGAUAAAACCAGUUGUCAAAGACAAUGCCUUUGUUGGAUUGGAGGAAAACUUGAUGAUUUCUCAGCCAUUUUUAUUGUACAACAGCGUUCCAGAAAUCAAAACUCUUCUCAGCCACACAGUACCAUACAUGGCUGUGGGCUUGGCAGGUAACAGUUCAUUUGGAAAAUUCUUGAAAGUUCGGGCAUCAGUGGAUACAAAAACAGUCCUAGGUUCUCUGGUAUCCUGGGCCAAACGAGAGGACCACAAAGAACCUGCUGUGUUCUGUACAACUAUUAAGCACAUCAAAACUGUUUACCAGUUUUUGUUUGACCGUUUAUCGGCAAAAGAAGCGCAGGACUUGCUACAUGAACAUCCAGUGAUAUUCGUUCCAGUUGAGGACAAUGCGGGCAUUGAACAGAUUGUAGCUGGUCACAUGGUUAAGAGAGAUGACGUGUGGUGGGAGGAUCCGACGGGACUGUUCUCCAAACAUAAAGCCAGCCUGAAAGAAUAUCACGCUGAUAUAUCUUGCAAGCGAACUAUUCGGGCCAUUUAUGCUGACAUGGAGGAAUUCUUCACAGGCAGGUAUGGUCGAAUUCAACUUCGCCCAUCCAUGACUGAGUACGCCAAACUUUGGAUCCAUAUCGCCAGUACAGAGAUUUUAUCUCGGGAAAACCAUACUCAUCACGAUGUUUUGUGCCUUAUGGCACAGAUUGGAAAUUGUUUACUGCAGGAAGAUUCUGGUAACGCAACUAACAAACUGCUUCUUGAAGAGGAAAAAAAACAAUUGAAAAAUCUGAUUUCAAACGAAAAGAUCUUCCCAUCAAAACGGAACAUUUGGGUCAGCCUGUCCCAACACCCAAUGAUCCCAGACGACCGGCAACUGGAACUGAUGUUUGAGGAGAAUAAAGUUGUACAUUUCCUAAACCUGGAAGAAGCAGUUAAUACAACCGACAGGAGAAGAAGGAGAGGAGACCAUACUGACCAAAGACGAAGCGAAGCAAUAAAGCCGUUGUUAUUGUUGUGUGGUGUUGCACCUCUGAGCUCCAGUGUGGACAGGAUGGAGGUAACAGAGUUAUCGCAGCCUUGUCCAGUGCUGAUGAUGUACAUGCAUAAAGUAGUCCCCUUCCUUCAGCAGUAUCUCUACAACCACUUUCCUGAUGUUUACCAAAGACUGAUUACUGCCAACAUGGCUGCCAGGCUACUCACCAUGUCUUUUAUGCAGGUUGGCACACUAGAGGUUGUGUACUCAUUGAGACAUAGCCCCGAAACCAUUAAGAGGAAUAAAGAGGCCUGCACGUAUGACCAAGAGAACAACACAUUCUUCUUUCAUAAGGAACAUGUCAACAAGUACCCGGAUAUCAACCGGGAAAUUGCCAAGUGUUUCAGCGACAAUGAUGCACAGUGUAUGAAAGAUUUGAGAGGUUUCCUUGCUGAGCUGACCUCGAUAUUUCAGACCUCUGGUGAUGUUCAGGAGUUGCUAGAUCGUCAUGAUCUGAUGUCUGUUCCAUUGGAGGAUGCGCCAUGGCAUGUUGCCAAGCCUGAGAUUCAGAUGGCACCUCAGCCCGUGAAAGAAGAGGUCAAAGAAUCUAAACCAGAGAAAGAAGGCUCAGCUUCAAAUGAUGAUGAACUAAGAGCUUGGCCACCAAGAUCUUCAUUGGUUUCAAAGGAGGCCACAAGCACUGUGAAGAAAGGGUCCACAGAUCGUCCGACUUCCAAAGUUUGGCCCCCACCCAAACCACCAAGUUACAUGGAGACUCGAGAACUUCCACCCAGAUUCCAGAACUUACCACCCAUGGAUGGAGUUGAAAAUGUGGAUGAGGCAAAAUCCGAAAAGAUUGAGGAAUUGCAUGAGAAGAAAAGAGGAGAUAAUGCAGAGGUUGAUCCAAGAGAGAGGCCAGGGGAUGGUGCAGUGUCACAGACCCGUGCUGGUCAGAGGGGAGGUCAGCAGAGUAGAGGAAGUGAUGAAUACCCUGCAGAAAAGUCAGUACAGGCACAACAAGACAGUGAAAGUACUGGUCAAACAAGGGCAGGGGUCAGCAAUGAGGCAAGGGCAGAGAACUCAGAGGGGAAGAAGCAAAUGGAGAGUGAUUCAGUGCCAGGGAGCUGUAAAACCCAAGAGGGUAUGAUGGAAGCAGGGGAGGCAACUGCACCAGGAGGAAGUCAGGAUAAGGAGGCUUCCCCAAACAGGGACGGAAUGGGAAGAAAGCGGUUUCCACCCGAUGAAAUAGCUACACCCAGCCCCAAGAAGCCAUCUCUCCAACUAGAUGCACCAGUGUGGAAUGAGCAGACCAUGUCUGAGAUGAGUUUUGAAGAGAUUGGCACGGGAAGUGACUUACAGUUACCCGAGGAAAUGGAGAUAGAUGCCGGUGCACCAGAGAAGGAAAUUGGUGACUGGGGAGAGCGUCUGGUGAGGAACUAUUUGUUACAGCUGCAGAAGACAGACAGAUCGAUACAGUACGUGAUUUGGUCAAAAGAGACUGGAAAUGAAGGGAAUCCUUACGACUUUGAGGUCAUAUUUCAGACCCCUGACGGUCAAAAGUCAAUCUUCAUUGAAGUUAAAACAACACUGUCUAGUGACAAGGGAACUUUUGAAAUUUCUGCACAAGAACUACGCUUUGCUCUUGAUCACAAGGAAAAUUUUCACCUUUACCGUAUCUACAGUGCUGGCAGCAAGGAACAGAUUCGCCUAGUGCGUAUCACAAAUGUGCCAUGGCAGUUGGACAAGAAAAAACUACGACUCUAUAUGGUGAUUUGAGGCUUAUUGAUGCUGUGUUUAGGACUUCCUCAUCCAGUAAUGGCUUGUGUAUGUCUAGUGUAUUGUUUGUUUUUUUUUAAUUUUCACAAGUAUAAUUUUGUCAACAUCUUGUAAUUUAAUGAGAAAAUGUAGCAAAUUUUUUUUUACACAUGACUCUAUGCUCUAUUUUUUUUUUUUUUUUUGCUGAAUCUGACUUACAAUGUUAAAUAUACUCAUCACCUAAUCAUGCCUUUUUGUGUCCCUAAAUAUUGGGAAAUACUUACAAACAUGUGUUUGUAUUAAUACAACAUUUGAGAGAUGUCAUUGGGAGGAAUUUACAGAAGGAACAUACUGGAACACAAGUCUUACUUUAAGAUGAACUCAUAUUCAGGUAAUAUACAUGGUUCUUUUACAGGUUGAAUGAAUGAAGAAUUUUUUAUUAAAAUUUUAAACACUCUUACAUCAUGUCUCUUACAUGCCACUCUUUGUGGCAUAAAAUAUUUCUUUCGGUCCUUUUCUCUGAGCUGUUAAUGACUUUUUUAUGUGAGUGUUGAGUAACAAAUGUAAACAUUCCAUUUUAAUAAACUUUGUUGAUUUUUCGUUUGUCUCUUUAGGCUUUAGACAUGACCAUACAGAAAAUGGCAACCAGUAUUUCUGUGUACUUUUAUAUGUUUAUCUUUAAUAUAUCUUUGAUGUUACUGAAUUUGGGUACCAUUACUGGUGUUUUGUAUGCAUGUCGAUCAACAAGGCUGCUCAUGGUGAAUACAUGUACCUGUGAUGUAAGAGUACUCUGUUUGGUCUACGUUGUUUUUGUUCUGUG